AUGGAAAAUCUCGGCAAGAUCUCAGCGUUUGGAAAGAACAUUUCCGCUUCAUUCACCCCUUGGGCAGCACGGACACAGCAAUAUGUCAAGGAGCAAGUUGGCAAUGUCGAGGACAAGACUCAACUGCCCCCAGACUACAUUGAGCUCGAGAAGCGAGUGGAUGCGCUGAAGAAGGUGCACACGACGAUGCUCCAGGUGACUUCGCAAUACGCCAACGAAGCCUACGACUACCCAGCCAACAUCCGCGAGUCUUUCAAUGACCUCGGCCGUACCGUAUCCGAAAAAGUCAACCUUCUCUCCAGCGCCACAUCGCCCGCCGAGGCCCAGGCUGCCCUCACUGCCCCUCCCUCCGCAAAGCCCCAGCCCAAGACCUUCAGCCAUGCUGUCGCCCGUGCCGCUCUCAAUGCCUCGCAUAUGCUUACGUCAGAGCAAACAAACUCUAGCGAAGAUCCCCUGGCCACUGCCCUUGAAAAGUACGCCAUUGCCAGCGAAAAGGUUGGCGAGGCACGAUUGGCCCAGGACGCCCAGAUUCAGAGCCGCUUCCUCGCCGGCUGGAGUACCACGUUGAACACGAACAUACAGUUUGCCACACGUGCUCGCAAGGCAGUUGAGAACUCUCGUCUGAGCCUCGAUGCGACCAAGGCCUCUGCCAAGGGCCCUGCUUUUGCCCUGCCCGGCCAGGCCGCCAAGAAGGACUCCAUGGACGAUGACCUGAGCGAAGAGGCGCGUGCAAAGAUUGAGCAGGCCGAGGAUGAGUUUGUUGGCCAAACUGAGGAGGCCGUCGGAGUCAUGAAGAAUGUUCUCGACACACCCGAGCCCCUCCGCAACCUCGCCGAUCUCAUCGCCGCUCAGCUCGAAUACCAUAAGAAGGCAUACGAGAUCCUGUCGGAGCUAGCUCCCGUCGUGGAGCAGUUGCAGGUGGAACAGGAGGUGCGUAGACAUCAGUCUGAGUACUAG